UUUGAAAGAUAGGUACGCACAUGAUAGGGUUUGGUUUCAAGGGCAUGUUGCUAUUAUCGCUCAGGUUGUUGUCAUGUAUUGGAGUUUUGUAAAGCCAGACUACACUCUAGUAAUACGUGAAGCAUUACACACACACACACACACACCUUUAUCCAAGCACCCAACGUCUUGUUUGUUACAAACCCUCAUAUUUCCUAUCCAACCUGUUCAAUUGAAAUGCGUAUCCCCCCACCCUACUAUAUCCAUCCAGUGACUUUGUUGACGUUGCACACGAUUUACAAGCAUGUCAAUACCACUCAUCUUCCUCCCGUUUCAAUACCACCAUACACUCAUGAUAAUUCACCACAAAAACCCUUAAGUGAAAAUAAUAAUAACUAUGAUAUUGAAGCCCCCUUGCUUUAUAGAUGCCUAUACUACACCAUCCAUGUCCCAUGUCCAUCUACAAAGUUUGAAAUAAAGAAGAAGAAGAAGAAGACGAAGAAGAAGAAGAAGAAGAAGAAGAAGAAGAAGAAGAAGAAGAAGAAGAAGAAGAAGAAGAAGAAGAAGAAGAAGAAGAAGAGAAAAAGGAUUCUUUGCAAUAGAGCAAAGAACUAGUCUAAACGGAGAAAAUUUUAAAUGUACAAGAUUGAGCCGCCGUCUACCUUC